AACAACAGGUGGAUUUCCCGAUGAAUUCAUCACUGAAUAAUGUAAAAACGUCUGUCUCACCUCCAGGCCUUUGUUUAUUUGCAGUAAAAACCGGCCAAAUGGAAGCAGGUUGUGAAAUAAGUUUGACUGCGUCGUGGCUGCGCAGUGAGGGGCAAGGGUGACGCGCACGAAGCUGCCCUCCGCCAAGUUGGCUAACAGCAGCCGGCUAGCUGAGGGAGAGAGCUGUAGCUGACUCAACUUUCAAGGAUGUUCAGGGGCCCUCAGAUCCUGGUCCGGUCUUGUCCCAUAAGGUCACUGGUGCUAUGGAGAGAAUCCUACCUCUCUGCUUUCUCGACCCUGUCCACCACAGAGACUGGAUCCUGUUCAACAGAGCUGUCUUUAUUUAGCUCGGACUGUGAGGCUUCAUUUCAGGACCUCGUAUCCAAAGCCGGCUGUCGUCACCCCCCUCAGGUUUCUACCUCUGUAAAUGCCUGGAAAUGCACCAUAGAAGAAGAUUUAGGUCAAAGGCCCAAAGCUGUGAGCACUUACUGGGACUGUUUAUCCAACACAGCUCGCCUUCUGCCCUGGACAAGGCCUUUGGACUUUUGCCCACUCUUCAACAAGACCCAGUGUGACCUCCUCCAGAGCCGUUUUUGUUACAGACUUUUCAGCUCGUCUGCACGGAUUCUAACCCGCUUUCGUAGCCGUCCUCCUCCGCAAAUCAGAGCCGUUCAUCGGGCCGCCCCUCGCGUGGUCGACACCUGGAGAGACUGUCUGUCCCUGGAGAACGAGAGCAGGUGUCGACAGAGGCUGGGGCCCAACUUGAAGCUCUACGAGGGAGAGAAGGGGAGGACAGCGGCGGGUCAGAACCAGGGGAGGUGGGCGUCCGUCCUGGUGUCUCUCUGCUCCGUCGAGGGGCAGCCGGCGUUUCUCUUCACCCUGCGAUCCAGCACAUUGAAGGGGAGGCACAAGGGAGAUGUCAGUUUUGCAGGAGGGAAGCUGAUCCGUUCGGACAGAGAUGUGGUGGCGACGGCGCUGAGGGAAGCUCGGGAGGAGCUGGGUGUUACUGUGGCGACGGAGCAGGUGUGGGGCGUCCUGAAGCCUCUGAGGGACAGCUCGGGGAUGAUGAUCGCUCCUGUGCUGGCGAACCUCGGUCCUCUGGAGGAGUUGUCCUUCAAACCAAACCCUGGAGAGGUGGAGGAGAUCUUCACCUUGUCCUUGUCCCACCUGUGUGACCCCAAGAACCGCGGCUAUACUCACUUCCGCACCGGCGACAAGUACGGCUACACGUUGCCGGUGUUUCGCAACGGGAAGCACCGAGUGUGGGGCCUGACGGCCGUUGCUUUAGACCACACCCUGAAACUCAUUGUUCCUCCUUAGCAGCUCAGUCGCCGUUCACCAGACUGAAAGAUCUGAUGAUGAGAAACGUGCAAUCAAGCUUUGUGUAGCGAAAUCAUGUCAGGAAUCAGCCACACUAUUUUCAUUUUGAGGUAUAGAACCUAUAUAUAUAUAUAUAUAUAUAUAUAUAUUAUGGGUUUCUUUCAUUUUAAAUCCUUCAAAUCCUCGUUAUUCAGCUUCAGUUAUCAGUUUUUCUGUUUCCGGUUUUAUCUGACACAUAAAAUCUGGACUGUUACAAACACUGAAAUAAGAGGCACAUCAUUAAGAACAAUGCAAUAAAGGUUGUUUUAAAGGUU